AUGAAGUUCAUCUCCACAACCCUGAUUACCGCCAUCCUACCUCUUGCGCACGCCGUUGGAAAUGCAAUAGUCCUGAACAACUGCACAGAGACUGUGUAUGUCUGGUCAGUCUCGUCCUCAAUCGACAACUCCCAGACACUUGAGAAUGGUGAAUCAUACACCGAGCAAUUUCGGCACGAUGACAAGACCGGUGGUAUCACGCUCAAGGUGACUACGGCCGCUGAUGGAAUAUACAACAACGCCCCCGAGACCGACUACGCAUAUACCCUGGACAGUGAAACGGUUUGGUACGACAUCUCGGACGUCAACGGUGACGCCUUUGCCAACUACUCUGUCGCUCUCGUGCCCGCAAAUAGUGCCUGUGAGAGCUUUAUUUGGGCGGGUGGCAUACCACCAUCGGGUAUUCAUACAGCCUCAUGCAAUGCUGAUGGGGACAUUCGAUUAACUUUGUGUGAAUGA